UGAUAUCAAAAACAGCAGCAUUUCGGUCUCCAACGGGAUAUAUGAUGCUUUCACUGUCCUUGGCUGACACCAUGGUUGGACUGUCAUCAGUGAUCGUACCAAUAACCAUUUACACACUGGACUACCUACCAUACAGUCUCUGUCAACUCGCCAGCUUUUUACUAGCUGGGGCGUUUGAGAAGUCAAUAUAUACAAUAGCUUUACUUUCACUGGAUAAGUACAUAACAAUCACGCAACCAUUGUUCUACCAGCGGAGCGUUACAGUUAGAAAAACUGUCAUCUUUCUCUGUAUUCUCUGGGUAUUUAGCUUUCUAUGCUGGCUUCCGGUGUUCACCAACAACAUUGCCGACUUCGACACCGCAAUAAGUAUAUGUUUCAUUAAUCCUUUGGCCGACCCUGUGCAAGUGAUCGUCAUGGUUUCUAUAGUAUUUGGAACAAGCUCAAUAAUAAUAGGAUUUUGCAACAUUGGUAUUCUGAGAAUAAGUUGGCGCCAGAAGAAGCAAAUCCAGAGUCUCACGCUCACUGGCUCAAAACAAGGAAACACGACAAACAUGAAAGCAUUUAGGACAAUACUGUUUCUUGUUCUAGUUUUCUACAUAUCUUGGACCCCUUUCUGUUUAGAAUGGAUCAUCCGGGCAUUUUCAGGAUUCACAGGAACCCCCAAGGCUCUGCUUUGUACAUUCCUUCUUUUGUCUAUGAGUAAUUCAUUUUGGAACGCUGUUAUAUACACAGCUACUAAUAAACCGUUCAGAGAAUCUGCGUUCGCAAUAUUCUGUAGAAGGCAUGGUCAGUUUCAAUUUUCAUCUGCGGUCAAAACAAUCAAUUUGAAACAAUCUGAGAUGUAAUGACUGAAACACUAGAUAUUCUUAAAAUCGACAAUUAUG